AUGAAGACCUCGAAACUAGCAAAAGAGACAUCUGCCCUCUUGAACAAGAUGGCUCCUCGCCCUUCCUCCCCGACAUCAUCAUCAACAAUAUCACAACAGCCGUCUCAAACCCGCCGGACGACGCGCUCCUCACUUGCGCGGUUCGCAUAUACCUCAACAUCUUCGGCCUCUGCCACGGAAUCCAAAACGACGGCGGCGGCGACGGCGACAGAAGCCGCACUUCAUGAUCUAGUACUGGGCGUCGCCGACAUUGAAGAUGUAGUCCCGAAUCCGCGGAGCAGGAAACGGAGAAGGGUUGCAAAGACGGAGGAACAAGAUGGCCACAGUACACCAGACGCCGCAGUCGCUACCGCAGCAGCAGCAACAACAUCACCAGCCAGAAUCAAAAUCGACCACGUCGAAACCGAAACGACAUCCACGAUCCACCAAACCCAAUCCCCCCCGAAACCACGCAAAGCUCGCAAACCAGCCCGCGUCAUCCGCGGCAACGGUACCUCUCCAUCCUUAGAAUCACCACACAUCGAACCCCCUUCCGAUUGGCUCGAAAUCUACGACGCUGUAAAGAAAAUGCGCCUCCACGGCGCGGCGCGCGACGCCGCUGUUGACACAAUGGGCUGCGAGCGCCUCUUCCACCCUGACGCCUCGGAGCGCGACCGCCGGUUCCACAUUCUCAUCGCGCUCAUGCUCUCGAGCCAGACGAAAGACACGGUCAACGCGGUGGCUAUGAAGAGGCUCAUGACGGAGCUGCCUCCGCAUGAACCCUCCGCGCCAGCCGGAUUAAAUUUGGAGAAUAUUUUGGCCGUGGAGCCUGUUUUGCUGAAUGAGUUGAUUUGGGCUGUGGGUUUUCACAAUAAUAAGACAAAAUUUAUCAAAGCAGCAGCCAUCAUCCUUCGCGACAAAUUCGACAGCGAUAUCCCCGACACGAUCGAAGGUCUCACCUCCCUCCCCGGCGUGGGGCCCAAGAUGGCCUAUCUCUGCCUCUCGGCGGCCUGGGACCGCACCGAGGGCAUCGGCGUGGACGUGCACGUGCACCGCAUAACGAACCUCUGGGGCUGGCACAAGACGACGCAACCCGAGGCGACGCGGCACGCGCUGCAGAGCUGGCUGCCGAAGGAUAAGUGGCGCGAGAUCAACUGGCUGCUCGUCGGGUUCGGACAGACGGUCUGCCUCCCUGUCGGACGCAAGUGCGGCAACUGCGAGCUGGGGUUGGGAGGGUUGUGUAAGGCGGCGGAGAGGAAGAAGGUUAAUGAGGGACGCAAGGCGAGGCAGGUCAAGGUUGAAGUGAAGGAGGAGGAGGAGGCCAGAGAGGUUGUCAUCAAGGCAGAAGAAGUCAUCAACGAGGAGCAGGUAAUUCGUGAUGUGGUUGUGAAUCAAGGCAUGGGGGAGCCGGUUCCGGCAGAUGAUGAACCGAACGUAGUUGCGAAUACGGAUGCACCGCGAAGAAGUCGCAGGGGCGGCUCAUCCCGGUAA